UACGCUCCUGCAGUCGCGGCCAUUACGUUUGCACGCGCGAGGAACCCGGCUCGUCCAGCGUCCAGCAACGCGCUGCUGCGGAGCAAUUCGUUCGCGACGAGUAUUCACGUUGGUUCUGCGUCCAUUGGGGUUAGGUGCGAAAUAAUCGCGCAUCGAGGUAGCUUCUCGCGUGGAUCGAUUGCUGAAACGACAGGAGGAGCAGGAAACGCAUCCUUCGGGAAGUCAACACGUGGAUCGACAGCGACGACGAUCAAGUUGAAACAUGACGAAGAACCUCAUGAUGAGAAAGCCUGUGGAAAACGGCACCGCUCGCGGCUCCCACGGACAGGCGUACAAGGAUAAAAGCAAGCCUACGGACAUCCGCAGCAGCAACAUCAAUGCCGCCAAAGCUGUUAGCGAUGCCAUACGCACUAGUCUGGGACCCCGGGGAAUGGAUAAGAUGAUUCAAGCUGGUAAUGGUGAAGUUACUAUCACAAAUGAUGGGGCUACUAUUCUGAAGGAAAUGAAUGUAGUGCAUCCUGCUGCAAAAAUGUUAGUCGAGCUCUCCAAGGCGCAAGAUGUAGAGGCUGGCGAUGGCACCACGAGUGUCGUUGUGAUAGCUGGUUCACUGUUGGAGGCAGCAGAACGUUUGUUGCAGAAAGGUAUUCAUCCCACUUCAAUUAGUGAUGGUUUCCAGAAGGCAGGGUCCGAAGCAGUAGCUACGCUAGCGCAAAUGUCUAUGCCCGUUGAUUUAACAGACAAGGAAUCUCUUGUCAAGGUAGCAGCGACGUCUCUUAAUUCUAAGGUUGUGCAUCAACAAUCCAGUCUUCUUGCACCGCUUGCCGUGGACGCAGUAUUAAAAGUUUCAGAAAAAGAGAAGGAAACGUCAGUUGACUUAAAUGACAUCAAAGUAAUAAAGAAGCUGGGAGGUACCGUCGAAGAUACUGAAUUAGUAGAAGGAUUGAUAUUCACCCAAAAAUCUUGUAACGUUAAUGGUCCUAAGCGUAUCGAGAAAGCUAAGAUUGGACUGAUUCAAUUCUGCAUUUCGCCACCAAAGACCGACAUGGAUCACAAUGUCGUUGUGUCCGAUUAUGCAGCAAUGGACCGUGUUUUGAAGGAAGAACGCGCUUACAUACUGAACAUUGUAAAACAGAUCAAGAAAAGCGGCUGCAACGUGCUCCUCGUGCAGAAAUCAGUCUUGCGCGAUGCCAUCAGCGAUCUCGCGAUACAUUUCCUCGACAAAAUUAAAGUCAUGGUUAUAAAGGAUGUAGAGCGCGAGGACAUUCCUUUCGUCUGUAAAACGCUGGGUUGCAGGCCGAUCGCGUCGCUGGAUCACUUUGUCGCCGAAAAUCUUGUUAACGCCGAACUUUGCGAAGAAGUGCAAACCGGAAAUUCGAAAUUCGUGAAGAUUACAGGAAUUCAAAAUCACGGGAAAACUGUCACGGUUCUCGUACGCGGUAGCAACAAACUGGUUUUGGAAGAAGCCGGGAGAUCAUUGCACGACGCUCUGUGCGUCAUUCGGUGUUUGGUGAAGCAAAACGCGCUGGUCGCUGGUGGCGGAGCACCGGAGAUCGAGUUGGCAAUAAAGCUGAGCGAAUAUGCAGUGACCCUGGGUGGAGUUGAUGCGUACUGCGUGAAAGCCUUCGCGAAUGCCCUCGAGGUGAUUCCGUCGACGUUAGCCGAAAAUGCGGGUUUGAACCCGAUAGCUACCGUAACCGAGCUUCGUAAUCGGCAUGCGAAGGGUGAGGUGACGGCGGGAAUCAACGUCCGGAAGGGUGCUAUCACUAACAUAUUAGAGGAGAAUGUGAUUCAACCGCUAUUGGUCUCCACCAGUUCGAUAACUCUCGCUUCCGAGACCGUGCGCAGUAUACUGAAGAUUGACGAUAUUGUGAAUACGAAUCAGUAAAUCACGAAGCGUGAUUUAAAAUUGAUUUCGCAUUUGGAUGGCAUCAUCGAUGCGAUUUUUUUCAACGGUACUUCGAUUUCUAUUUUGUUUUCACCAUCUUCUUGUACGCACAUAGAGAGCAUUUCGUGUUAGAUUUAUACUUAGUCUAUUACAAAAGCUUACGCACUAAUGAUUGUUAUGAUCGUAUGCCCCUAUUCAAAAACUUUGCGUAAUGUAACAGUUUUAAAUAUAUUAUGUAAUAUGAAUUGGAAACAAUAAAAAGUGCGAAAUAUUUUAA